AUGGAAGCAACCUCAACUUGCUUCUUCUGCGGUAGAAUCCCAUCAAAAUCCAAACUUGCUUCAUCUUCUUCAUUUGGGUCAUUCUGUUUAUUAACACGUAACAAUGUUAAUACAAUCAUGUGCAAAACUUCUAUGAAAACCCAUAACCGUGUUAUUCAAAGCGUCACAAACAGUAACGAAACCAAGCUUCCAAGCAGCACAAAAAGAAGAAGAAGGAGAAGAAGAAAUGGUGUCGCAGUGGAAGAACAACCACGACAACAACAGAGGGAAAUUGAAAUUCCAAUACCCAGUGUUUAUGUUCAUGAGAAUACUGGUGACCCAAUUGGGUGGAAAGAAGUUGGAAAAAGUGUUGUGAGUUGGAUUCGUGAGAGUAUGAAAGCUAUGGCUUUUGAUAUUGCUUCUGCCGAGUUAGUUGAAGAUUUGGAAUUUUCUGAGAUGAAACAGAGAAUGGGACCUGGUCUUACUUUUGUUAUUCAAGCUCAACCUUAUUUGAAUGCAAUUCCUAUGCCUCUUGGGCUUGAAGUUAUGUGUCUGAAAGCUUGUACUCAUUAUCCUACUCUCUUUGAUCACUUUCAGAGAGAGUUACGUGAUGUUCUUCAAGAUAUGCAGAGUAAAUCGUUGUUUGAGGAUUGGCGUGAAACUCAGUCUUGGAAAUUGCUUAAGGAACUUGCUAAUUCAGCUCAGCACAGAGCAGUUGCGAGGAAGAUAACACCGCCUAAGACGGUCCAAGGAGUUUUAGGAAUGGACAUAGAAAGGGUCAAAGCGAUACAGAAGAGGAUAGACGAAUUCACCAACAACAUGUCAGAACUGCUCAAUAUUGAAAGGGAUGUUGAAUUGGAGUUUACUCAGGAGGAAUUGGAUGCUGUUCCUAGACCGGAUGAUGCUUCUGAUCCGUCAAAACCAAUUGAAUUCUUGGUUAGCCAUAGCCAGCCUCAGCAGGAACUCUGUGACACCAUUUGUAAUUUAAAUGCCAUCAGUACCUCUACAGGAUUGGGGGGAAUGCAUUUGGUGUUAUUCAAGAUUGAAGGCAACCACCGACUGCCGCCUACUACUCUUUCACCUGGAGAAAUGGUUUGUGUGAGAACUUGCGACAGCAAGGGCGCAGUUACAACUUCUUGCAUGCAAGGAGUUGUAGACAAUCUUGGUGAUGAUGGUUAUAGUAUUACUGUUUCUCUUGAGCUACGCCAUGGUGAUUCUUCUUUCUCUAAACUAGUUGGGAAAAAUGUGCGCAUUGACCGUAUUCAAGGACUGGCUGAUACACUUACUUAUGAGCGCAACUGUGAAGCACUAAUGAUGCUACAGAAGAACGGUUUGCGGAAGAAAAAUCCAUCAAUUUCUGUUAUUGCAACUCUAUUUGGAGACGCGGAAGAUGCUGCAUGGCUUGAGAAGAAUAAUCUGGUUGACUGGGAAGAAGAAAAAAUAAAUGGAGUAUUAGGAAGUGAAUCCUUUGAUAAAUCUCAGCAGAGAGCAAUUGCAUUGGGUUUGAAUAAGAAGAGGCCACUAUUGGUUAUCCAAGGACCUCCUGGUACGGGCAAGACCGGUUUGCUCAAGCAACUUAUAGCAAGUGCCGUUGAGCAAGGCGAAAGGGUUCUUGUUACAGCACCUACUAAUGCGGCUGUUGAUAAUAUGGUUGAAAAGCUUUCAAAUGUUGGAAUAACUAUCGUGCGAGUUGGAAACCCAGCCCGUAUAUCAAAAACAGUAGCGUCAAAGUCUUUGGGAGAAAUUGUAAAUGGGAAGCUUGCAAGUUUUCGCGAAGAGUACGAAAGGAAGAAGUCUGAUCUAAGGAAAGAUUUAAGACAUUGUUUAAAGGAUGAUUCAUUAGCUGCAGGCAUACGGCAACUUCUGAAACAGCUUGGAAAGUCGCUAAAGAAAAAGGAAAAGCUGAUGAUAAAUGAAGUUCUAUCUAGUGCUCAGGUUGUGCUUGCCACCAAUACCGGAGCAGCUGAUCCUUUUAUUCGAAAGCUAGAUGCUUUUGACCUAGUUGUCAUAGAUGAAGCUGGACAGGCAAUUGAACCGUCUUGCUGGAUACCUAUAUUGCAGGCAAAACGAUGUAUUCUUGCCGGUGAUCAAUGCCAACUAGCUCCUGUGAUAUUUUCUAGAAAAGCAUUAGAAGGUGGUUUAGGAAUAUCGCUAUUGGAGAGAGCUGCAACUUUGCAUGAAGGGAUUCUCACUACUAGCUUAACGACACAAUACCGUAUGAAUGAUGCCAUUGCAAGUUGGGCUUCAAAGGAGAUGUAUGGUGGAUUGUUGAAGUCCUCAAAGACUGUUUUUUCUCAUCUUCUUGUAGAUUCUCCUUUUGUGAAGCCUACAUGGAUAACACAGUGCCCUCUGCUACUGCUUGAUACUCGAAUGCCGUACGGAAGUCUAUCAGUUGGCUGCGAAGAGCAUCUAGAUCCGGCUGGGACUGGCUCGUUAUAUAAUGAAGGAGAAGCUGAUAUAGUUUUGCAGCAUGUCUUUUCCUUAAUUUAUGCUGGUGUUAGCCCAAAAGCUAUUGUAGUUCAAUCCCCUUAUGUUGCUCAAGUUCAACUUUUGAGGGACAUGCUUGAUGGAGUUCCAGAAGCUGCAGGUACAGAAGUUUCCACAAUUGAUAGCUAUCAAGGCCGCGAAGCUGAUGCUGUAAUUUUAUCAAUGGUACGAUCAAACACAUUGGGAGCUGUUGGAUUCCUCGGCGAUAGCAGAAGAAUUAAUGUUGCCAUCACAAGAGCGCGCAAACAUUUAGCUGUAGUAUGUGACAGCUCAACUAUAUGCCACAAUACGUUCCUAGCAAGACUCAUGCGCCAUAUUCGACACUUUGGUAGGGUGAAGCAUGUUGAACCAGAUAGUUUUGGAGGAGGGUUAGGGCUUGGGAUGAAUCCGAUAUUACCCUUUGUUGAUUAG